CCCCCCCUCGCCGCGCCGGGUCGCUCCCCGGGCAUGCUCCUAAAGCCCAAGUAUGGCCGCUUCCGCAACGACUCUGUGACCUCCUCCGACGACCUGAUGCAGAGCUUAGCCAUGAGCGGCAAGGUGGCGGCCACGCCGGUGGGCCACCCGUCCGCCGCCCCGUCCCUGCCGUCGCUGCCGCCGCUGCCGCCGCUGCCGCUCUCGGACCGGCGCCGGCCCGCCCCCGGCGCCGCCCCCCCGCCGGCCCCGGCCGACUCGCCGGGCGGGGAGGGGGACCAGGACCAGGACGGGGCCACCACCUUCUGCAUGCUGAUCCCGCGCAUGCCCCAGUGGAAGUUCUCCAACGCGCUGCUCAGCCGCAGCCCGUCCCACUCCAGCUCCGGCUCGACCGGCAAGGACUCCGGGAGGGGCGGCGGCGGCGGGGGCGGGGGCGCCGCGGGGCCCCCCCAGGCCGCGCUGGGGCCCGGCGGUCUGCCCGUCAGCGGGCCGGUGGCGAGUCUGGCGGCCGUGCUGAACUCCUGCGACCCCGUGUGUGUCACGUCCUGUUCCCUGCAGGCCGUCGCCCGGCAACGCUGCGCGGCGGCGGCGGCGGCGGUGGCGGCCGGGGCGGCGGGCUCCGGAUCGGCGGGCGCGGACGGCCCGGGGGGGGGCGGCGGCGGCUCCAGCGGCGGGGGGGUGAUGAGCCGCAGGGCCCGGCUGGAGGGCAUGCGUCUGGGCAGGGAGGACCUCAGCCAGAAGGGCAGCUUCAUCCACAAGCCCUCCCAGGGCUGGCUGCACCCGGACAAGAAGAUCUGCGGCACCGGCGCCUCCUACGUGGUCAGGUACAUGGGCUGCAUCGAGGUCCUCAAGUCCAUGCGGUCGCUGGACUUCAACACGCGGACGCAGGUGACCAGGGAAGCCAUCAACAGGCUGUAUGAGGCCGUGCCUGGGGUGAAGGGCAUGUGGAAGAAGAAGGCCUCUAACAAGGCCCUGCAGUCGGUCAUGGGGAAGAGCAACCUGCGCUUCGCUGGGAUGAGCAUCGCUGUGAACAUCUCCAUCGAGGGCCUCAGCCUGCUCGUACCCACCACCCGCCAGGUGAUCGCUCAUCAUCCCAUGCAGUCCAUCUCCUUCGCCUCCGGAGGAGACACGGACACGCCGGACUACGUUGCCUACGUUGCAAAGGAUCCUGUCAAUCAGAGAGCCUGCCACAUCCUGGAGUGCUGUGAUGGUUUGGCUCAGAACGUGAUCAGCACCAUCGGACAGGCCUUUGAGCUGCAGUUCAAGCAGUACCUGCACAGCCCACCCAAGGCCAUCCCCACACAGGACCGGAACAUCAGGACGGACGAAUCGGCGUGGGGCGACGACGAUGACUCCGCCGAGCACGACUACUACAACAGCAUCCCGGGGAAGGAGCCCCCGGUCGGCGGAGUGGUGGACUCCAGACUGAGGCCUGCUGCGGGGGCCCUGCUGGGCCACAUCCACACCCAGCCCCAAAGCAAGACGCCGCAGAUGGGAUCCCCGGCGAAGAGGGACACCGCCUCCCUCCCCGCGGUGCAGCUCUGCUACGACAUUCACUGGGACACGGAGAGCAACAGCGGCUCAGGCCUGACGUCAGAUGGAUACCUACGAGCAGAUGGUCAGCCACCUGGUUGCCGUGACUACGAGGAGCACCUGUACGUGAACACCCAGAACAUGGACGGUUGGGACCCGGGGGCGGAGAGGGGCAGGGGGGGGCACGGAGCCGAGAGCCCCAAAAAAGACAUCUUUGACAUGAGGCCCUUCGAGGACGCUCUGAAGCUGCACGAGGCCGGCGGCGUUGGCGUUGGCGUGUGCGUUCUGGAGGACCAGUGGCCCAGCCCCCCCCGGCGCCGCGCCCCCGUGGCCCCCACCGAGGAGCAGCUGCGGCGGGAGGCCUGGUACCACGGGCGCAUGAGCCGCCGCGACGCCGAGAAGCUGCUGGCGCGCGACGGCGACUUCCUGGUGCGCGACAGCGCCACCAACCCGGGCCAGUACGUCCUGACCGGCAUGCACUGCGGCCUGCCCAAACACCUGCUGCUGGUGGACCCCGAGGGCGUGGUCCGCACCAAAGACAUGCUGUUUGAGAGCAUCAGCCACCUGAUAAAUUACCACCUCCAGAAUGAGCUGCCCAUCGUGGCAGCGGAGAGCGAGUUGCACCUCCAGCAGGUGGUCCGGCGGAAACAGUGAUUCCCCGCCCCAUCCGCCCCCCCCUCCAAAACGCCCGAACCGUCCUGGGACUUGACGUUCCCUCUGUUGCCGGGCAGUGCCGUGAUGUUGCUGUUCUGCCCUGUUGCCAGGAGACGGGACAUUCCGUGCUUGACCUUGAUUGGCUGAGAAGAGGGUGUUCCUUCUGGCCUUGCCUUAAAAAAAAACUGACAUUCUGGGCUCCUGCCACAGCGCCAUCACAGGGACGGGAGGAGGCAUUGGCGGGACUCUUUGGCGAGGUGCACGCGAAGCCAUUCGUUUCGACAGAACAGUCCGCAUGCAGUUGUUAAGUUAAUGGAUGCAGUCUCUGAACCUCCUGAUCCCGAAAUCAGACUUGUACGGAGGGACCUGGUGGAGCAGGUCGGGGUAGCAAAAGAUGGGACCCCCAUCUGAGGAGGAAAAGGUUCUCUUGAGGUCCACGUGAGGACGAUAUCUUAGCAGUGUCCCCACAAGUUCCAAGUCCUCCCAAGUUCCAAGUCCUCCCCAAGGUCCAAGGUCCUUACAAGAAGGAAAAAAGAUAAUAAUUUGAAAGAUAAAAGAGGACAAAGGACGAUAAUCUUGCACUGAACCCGCGCUGCAAGGUUGGGCUGGUUCUGAGCACAGUGACCGUGGAGAAGAAUGUCAGGAGCUUCCUUUAACCCAGGGCCUUUUUUCGACUGGAGAAUGUGGACAUCGCUGAUAACGCAACCUUACAACACGUCAUUGUGUGUGUGUGUGUGUGUUUGUGUGGGACCUCUGGCUCUGAUUUACAAACGUUUGUUGUGCAAAGGAUAAAUCAGGCGGUGUAGUACUUUUUAUUUCCUUUUUAUCGUGUGAGGUUAAAAGCUGCUCUUUCGUGAUUUGUAGUCUUCUUUCCUAUUGCUAUGAUAUGCUACAGAUCACUAUUAAAUGGAUGACAUCGUGACCCAUGUACUGUGAACAAACUGAUAGGGUCAAUCAAGUGAGUUUGUUUAUAUAGUGUGGCACUUAUAUUGUACAGUAAUUCCUGUGUAUGUAAUUACAGUGUUCUGGAAAAAAAACAGUAUUUCCGUAUUUUAGUUUCUUUAAAACGGCACCAUCAUUAUUUCUUCACUUUGACUUUACCUCAGGAGCAAACAUUGAUCAAUUUGUGGAAAGCUUCUCCUGUGUGAAGUCUUUUUCAGUGGCAAAAAAGAAAAAAAAUGUAAAGGUGUUUUAUCCCUUCCUGGGUUGGAAAGAAAAAUUAGCCAUCGUGGAGAAUUAGCAAAAUCAGAACCCUGUCUAUUGUUUAUUUAAUUAUCUCAUCUUGACCUUGUGUUACACUGAGCAGCCCGAGAGUUCUAGAACAUUCUGGACUCUUAAAAUGGUGCCCAGUGAAAAGGUAAUGGAAACAAAAAUGUUUUUUUUUUGUUUGUUUGUUUUUUUUUCUUUCAUAAAUGAUGUUGCUAAUGCUGAAGACUUAACUACAGGUUAUACUGACUAGCAACAAAUUCAACCAGGUGAAGAAAUCUCCUGUCACCCAUCGAUUUUAUGCAAGGGUGGCCAUCAUAUUUUGGGCCUUGGUAUCUGCUUGGCUUCAGCUCCUCCUUGUACCUGUGUCUCUGCGUCUCGGGUUGGCCUGGAUCUAGUCCCUCAGACCUCCCUCUGUCCCCGGCCCCCCGUCUCUGGCUGCCUGGUUUGAAUGGCGUUGACACAAAGAAUGUUUUUUUCAGCCACUCGCUUGUUCGUGUCCUCCUGGGCUUCCGUACGACUCACAGAAUAACCAUGCUGGGUAGUAUAUCGGCGCGGGAAAAACCAUCCGGUUAAAAGAACAGAGCUGUGCCUUAAUCGUCCUUAUUCUUUCAUCUUACACUGAAGUGAAAUGAGGAAAAAAAGAAAAGAAAUGUUGAUUUCUAUCAUCUAAAGUACCUGUGUCAUACUUAUUCCGUCUGUGUGUCGGGCAAAGGCAAUGCUGUCCCCGGGGGACCAGUCGGCUUUUGGCGUUCUUUACAUCGCAGGUAUUAAUUGUCCAAUCGAAGGUUUUGUUUAGACAAGAAGGCAACAGAUUGGGGAGUCCCUUGCAAGGGUGGGAUGUUAACGUAAAUCAAUUAAGUCUGGAACCUUGAGGACCAGCAUUGCCUGCCAUUGCUGUGCACGUGUGUGUGUGUUUGUGUGUGAUCUCAUUGGUAGUGUCUCUAUGGGCUUCCGGUACAACGCAGAGGCCUUUGAUGGUGUGCUAGCUCGAGCCUGGACAUUCACCUGUGGACACAUAACAGUGCCUGACUGAGCGGCUGAGGUUCUGUGCGGCCAGGUGUCACUGGAUCCUAUUGGAUGAGGUGAAUGGAUGCCACGGGAUUCUAUUGGAUGAGAUCAACCAUGUUGCAGAAUCCUAUUGGAUGAGGAGAACGAUGUCACAGGGUCCUAUUGGAUGAGUUGGAUUUUGUCACAGGAUCCUAUUGGAUGGGGUGAAUGAUGUCACUGGGCCCUACUGGCCUGUGCCACAUCUUUCUGCUCUCUCCACAAGCCCAGGAGGAAGAGAAAUGGGAGAGGUGUGUAAUACUAAACUUGAUGCAGGUUUUCCCAAACAAAAAGGAAAAACCAAGAGCCCCCUCUCCCUCCACCCGCCCCUCCACUCUUUGCUGUCUCAGGACAUUCUUGUAUUUGCUCUUCUUUGAACUAAAUGCUAUUUUCAAUAAAACUCUCGGAUAUGAAGGAA